GUCGACAAUUUUAUUUCGAACGCGACGCACGGUUUAAGCGGAUGAACAAGGGCAUAACAAAAAAGUAUUUGCGUUGUUUUUGCUUAUAAUGAAAAUGAAAUGAAAAAAACAUACUGUAUUUCUUGGAAGUAAAUCUAGAAUACAGAACUGUAUUAAACUGUGAUACGUACUAACUAUUUUACUAUCGUUGCAAAAGCUCAACUUGAAUUUCGAGAUCUCAAUGAUGAUUCGCUCUUGUGUUGAUUAUGAACGUUUUUAGCGUGCAAUGGUUGUUGUUGUGACAAGGGAGAACGUUGAAGAUUACUCUUCAUGGACAUAACGAUGGCGCCAUUUGCUCAUAUAAUUAAACAAAAUUUGCUAAUUGGCUUGGCUUGGCUGCUGAUGGGCAGUGCAGUGCAGCAGCUACUAGAACUGCAGAUGGUAUUCAACACAGCAAGUCUUCAUAUGCUUGGUGUUUACCACUCAUUUUGGGCGGAGAAAAAAACGUAACCACCCGCUCUACCCCAUUUUCACCACCUGCCCCAAUUUCUGAUGACACCCGAAAUCAAAUCAAAGCCCAAAAGUAGGCAACAAAAAAAGAAUACAAAAGUUUUACAAAGGCUUACAAUUUGGGGCUGGGUGCUCUCAAAGUGCUCUGCAGCAAGUUGUGAAAUUUUGUGAAAACUCAACACUCCAUGGAUAUGCCACGUGACACACAUAUUCGUACAACCGUUUGUACAUGUGCGUUUACAUCCAACAUAGACAUUCAAUUCGGGACAUCUACACAAUUAAAGCAACAGCGAGAGCAAUUUGCUACGAAUUUUUAAAUUCUCUUUAAGACAGAUCUGGUUGUCAGAUUUGCUUCAAUCUGGUUUCUUUGAAAAUGCGGCCACAGAAAAUAAACAUUUCAGCCGUAAUACAAAUACAUAUAUGUGUACACUUUACAGACACGAGAAAAUUUAAGAACGAACAAGAAAUGUUCAAAUACAAAAAAUAUUGAAAUGCAACCAAACAUUUUGCUUAUAUGAUUAUGCAAUCGCUUCAGAUAAUGUGUUCAAAAGAAAUGAAUUCGUAGAAUAAUAUUCUAGGGCUGGUAUUAAUAGCUGCCUUUAAAUAUAAUGUUGCGUGGAAUCAAUUUCCUAAAUAGAUAAUAUAUAAAAGUAAUAUUUGUAAUCCAAUUUAAUACAAUAUCUUCCUGGAAAGCGACUGCGUUCUACUAACUUGCUAAAUAAAAAUUAUAUUUAUUUUACAAUGAUAUUAAACUAUUUACAUUCCUUUUCGUAUUAUCGAGAGCUUAUAUGAGGUUUUAUUUUUAAAGGGAGCCAUAUCGAGUGAAUUAGAAGGGAGGCAAUUACGUACAUAUUAACUUGAACUGAAUACCUAUUGCUUUUCUAUUGUAUUACCUUUCGUAGUUAACGUCUAAAUACAUAAGUCCAACAACAACUGACUCUGCGAAUAUAGGAAGCGUUUGUGACCGAAAACGAAAAGCGAAAUAAAAAUACCAAAAGAGGCAAAGAAAUUGGCGAACAUAGCGAAAUUGCAAUUUCUGUAAGUGUGAGAGAGUGUGUGUUUGUAGCUGAAGCUGUAUUUGUGUUUGUGUGCAGCUGCUCCCCGAGUCAAAGGUCAAAAUUCGUAUGAAAAUGAAGCAAGCUAACCUAAAUGGAAUGCCAACGUCGGUCGUCACUGUCUUCAAUGUCAUGUCAUCCAAGCAGUUCUCUAAGGCUAGUCGUGCAGCACAUUCAACAGCGACAGCAACAGCAACAGCAGCUUCUACUUCUGCUUCUGCUCGUGCCACUGGACCUCUCUUUACGCUAAUGCUGCUGGCCACCAUCUUGUGUUGCAUCAGCAACUUUGGACUUGUCGAAGGUCUGAAGUGCCACAUGUGCGGACAGUACAAUGAAGGCGUAGGUUCCAUUACCCCAUGUACAAACUAUUCCAAGGAGAUUGAGCAUCUUUAUCUCAAGGAAUGCACCAAGAGAACUGAGAAGUUUUGUGUGAAAUAUGUGAGUGAAUUGUCAACAGUGCGUGAUUGUGCAACUGAAUGCGUUGAGAAGGAAAUUUGGGAAACCCAAACAUAUUGUUGCACAGAGGAUGGCUGCAAUUCUGGUGGACACUUAAAGUAUUCUAUCUUGCUAUUGGUCUUCCCAUUGCUUAACUUAAUUUGGUUAACUAUUGACAACUUCUAAGCCUUUCGAUCAAAAACAAAAUUCUUAGUUAAAUUCACAUUUUGUUAAUUUUAUAUAGACGCAUAUUAGAAAUUAUCUUUUUUCAUAAAAGAUUUUCUGUAAACGGGACCUAAAGAAGCAAAAAGUAUUAACAAAUAAUUAUUUAAAUAUUAAUUUUAAUCAACGAAGCAGUAAUACUUUUGCGCAAGUAACUCAAUGUGUUUGUAUUCAUUUUAAAGUCUUCCCAAAUGCAAAACUAUAAUGGUAUAGAUACCAUUUUAAUAUUUAAAUUAUAAGCAAGAUACAACAAAAUUAUACCAAUUAUACAAUGGGCCCUCAAUUGAAUGUGGAGCUCUAAUAAGCUAACCAUAUACAAAGCUUAAAAUUGAAAAUUUUACUAAGUAUACCAAUCAAAACUCUAAAUCAAUGUUUAUUUUAUUAUUAAAUGCUACAAAAUUAAUAAUAAUAUAAAACUGAUUAUCCUGUUAAAAUAUGAAUAUAUAAACUUAACUGCUAUUGAGAAUAGUUGCUAUUAUAAAGCUACUAGUAUUAUACCAAUUAGUUUUUUCAACUAUAAAAAUUGUGUAGUAAUGGAGUUGAAAAUUAGGGUUUGAAAAAUAGAAAUAGAUAAUGUUAAUCAUAGCAAAUAUUGCAUUAAUUCGUGUGUGCUAAUUUCUGAGUUCUUUUUGAAAUGGAAAAGCUUUGAGCCGAUAUUUGUAACAGAAGAAUGAAAGCACUAUUUAAUAUACAGUUACUAUAUUAUUUAAUGAAAUUAAUAAAUUAACCCCGUUUAGAGAUUUUUUCGAUAAUUCAAGCAAUUUACUUUAAUAGACGGACCUAUGAAGCUGUAGUCCCUAAAACUACCUUCGUUGCCAACUGUAUUUAGUAAACUCUGCUAAGAAGCAUCAAAUUUACAAACAAACUCAAAAACGUUAACUUAUGCAUUCAAAAUAUAUGCGCGAAGUGUUUGGUACAUUUUCAACAUAAGCUCGACUCGCAACUCACAACACAUCGUUCACGUUCAAAACCAUAUUUACGUUUAUUUUGAAUUAUAAUUUGAUAACUUUAUUUUAAAAACAAGAAAGAAAGCUGUAAGAUACCCUCAUGAAAAUCGUUCCAUCUACCCAUAGGGUAGAAGCAUAAUAUAAUUUUGUGCUUGUAUGUAACAGGCAGAAGAAGGCAUCUCCGACACUAUAAAGUAUAUAUGUUUCUGAACAGCGUCAACAGCCGAGACGAUAUAGUCAUUCCGUUCGUCCGUCUGUCUGUCUGUCCGUCUGUCCGUAUGAAACACUGGAUCUCAGAGACUAUAAGAGAUAGAGCUUUAUUUCUUUUUCGACAGCGUUUGUUAAGUUUAAACGCAGAUCAGGUUUGAUAAAAAUUUUGCCACGCCCACUUCCGCCCCGCAAAUACACAAAAAUCGAAUAACAAGCGUAAUUAUAAAGCCUAAGCGAUAAUGGAACAUACAAUAAUAGCAAUAUUAUUAGUUAUUUCUGAAAAUUUGGUUGCGAAGAGAUAAACAUUGUCGAAGUUAUUUAAGGAAUACUAUUGUAUUGGAAAAAUUCUUACUUGCUUUGUCUGACAAUCUGGUUUAUUUUGGUAUUUCAAUGGUAUAUUUGGAAUGUGGUACUAUGUCAAUGUACCAAAUAUAGCCUCAGAUAUAUUUUUAGUAUUUUGAGAUAUACUAAUUUUGUAUAUUUCAAAAUUAAUACUGUCCUUUUUCGAUUUUUCUCAUAAUAGCUAGUUGGUAUUUUACAGUCGAGCACACUCGACUGUAUAAUUCUUACUUGUUUUUAGUGUACCCAUUGUGAAAUACAAAAUACUAAAUUUAACAUACUUAUAAUAUAUAUGUUAAACUUCUGAAAACUUAAUUCAAUUUCACACAACAAUAAAAGCGUACCCAAAAACAACCUUAUGCAUUUUUUGAAUUAUGUUUAAAUAUAUUGCUUUUUUUUGUUACGAUUAUAUUCUGGUUAGUACUGCAUGCAUAAAAUAAGUUAUUACUAAUGCUCAUCUAGA